UUUUUUUUCUCGAAAAGAGAACCGCAGAAUGGAGCAGGUGGAAGAUAAAAAGUGACCUGGAGGAGACGCAGGAAGGACGAAGGGGGUGCCGCCGAGUCAGGGCUAGAUGAUGCUUAUUUGCCGCAGGCCCCGCCAUCGUGAAAUUGGAGACCGACUUGCGGCGGAUGGGGUGACCGAGCUCCCUGCUCCGCCGGGGAGGUCCCUGCCUUCGGACGUUACCGGGCGAGGAGCUGCCUGUGUUCGGUUGUAAGGUGCAGGAAGGUGUGGUAAGAAGGAAAAUGCAGACGGAGGAAGAGACGGCCACUGCUGAAGAGCCCAUUUUGGAGGAAGGGUCGGGAAGAGAGCAGCAAAGGCCCGUCCAGCAGUCUCUGGCCUCCUCCCUGUGCCGGGAGUCCCACUGGAAGUGCCUCCUCCUGACCCUCCUCAUGUAUGGAUGUUUCGCCACAUUAGCCUGGUGCGCUCUCUGUCGCGUGCCUGUCCUUGGCUCCUCAUCCAUACUUCUUGGCGAUGAUGACGACGCCACAUCAGCGGCCUACUACAAUGACAUCCUGCACCUGGAGAGCCCGUGCUCCAGUGGCUAUGUCUACAUCCCUCUGGCCUUCCUGGCGAUGCUGUAUGUGGUGUACCUGGUGGAAUGUUGGCAUUGUUUCUCCAAGACGGCAAUAUUGGCUCAUGCUGAAUUCCAGGAAGUGUAUGAGCGUGUGCAGAGACUUCAGCAGGCCACUCCCUGUAUUUGGUGGAAAGCAAUCAGCUAUCACUAUGUGAGGAGAACCAGACAGGUUACAAGAUACCGGAACGGAGACGCAUACACAACAACACAGGUCUACCAUGAGCGUGUAAACACGCACGCUUCAAGUUCAGAGUUUGACUAUGCCCGCUACGGUGUCAAAGAUGUGUCAAAAGAGCUACUAGACCUGCAGCUGCAUCCUGCUGUUCGCCUCCGUUUCACAAAGUGUUUCAGCUUCUCCAGUGCACGUGCUGAAGCUGCCUAUCUCACACAGCGAGCACGAUUCUUUGGGGAAAACGAGGGACUUGAUGAUUACAUGGAGGCCAGAGAGGGAAUGCACCUGAAGAAUGUGGAUUUUCGUGAGCACAUCCUGGCCUUCCCUGAUCCUGCUCACCAGCCAUGGUUUUCCAGGCACAGAGUCUUCUGGCUGGCUUCAGCUUUCCUCCUGUCCUGGCCACUGCGAGUAGUAUCAGAAUAUCGCACGGCAUACGUCCACUACCAUGUGGAGAAGCUAUUCGGCGAGGAUGAAGACACUGGAGGAUCCGGUGGGGGACCAGGUGGAGGUGGAAGAGGUGAUGGUGUCGAAGGAGGAACUGAAAAUGGAGGAAUUGGGAUUGGAAUAGGCCUGAAUGGAUCAAGCUACCGAGCCAUCUCCCGUGUUAAUACUGUGGACAUGACUGAACUGGAGUGGCACAUUCGCUGCAACCAACAAAUGGUUCCCAGCUACUCUGAAGCCCUCCUUAUGGACUUAGACUCAAAUGGAGGCACAAAUCCUACAGCCUCUACUCCCAUCUCUGGGCCGGGCAUCACCCCCACUCAGGGGACCAACCCGCCUCCCCUGGCUCUGCCUGUGGUGUUCAACUCAGCUUACCUCUUGCAAAGCUGCCCCAGAUGCAGGAGGACCACAUCGAGUGCUAGUCUUCCCUCUAGGCUAAGAGCCCCGAUGGGAACCACAGCCCUUCUGAACGCUACGGUGGCAGGGAUCAGGGCAGCAGGACCAGGAGGGGGAGGUAUCGGAGGAAGACUGGUGCUCAGUCGAAGUGGAUUCUCUCUGGGGAGACUUGGAGCUGGGCGCCAGAACAGCCUGUUUCAUUCAAGAAGCAUGGGGGGAGGGCUGGGAGGAAGCAGGGAAGAUGGGGGAGGAAGUGCCGGAGGAGGAGGCAGUGGAGGAGGUGGAGGUUUCCUGGGGUUAGGCUCAAGACAGAACAAUGAGGAGACCAGAGGAGUUCUUGAAGGAGAAGAUGAGGAGGAGGAGGAGGAGGAGGAGGAGGAAGAGCAGGCAACAAGGGAAGACGGGGGGAGAGAGAGGGAUGAGGAAGCAGAGCAAGAAAGCGGAGGAGGUGGAGAGGGAAGGGAGACUAACAGGGAUCGGCCUCCAUCCUAUCAGGAUGCAUUCUUUUUCCCUGUCCUCAUCAUACACGGAGAGGAGAGCUGCCAUGCGGGUGAUGACAUGUGAUUACAAGAGAAAUGAACACAAUUAGUGCAAGAUGGUUUGGACAGGAGUUGAAGGACCGCACCAAACACACAAUCAGAGAAGAACCGAUUCAGUCAGAGCAAACCAGAAAUGAGAGUAGAUCUUGGAUGGGACUACCAAGGCAAGAGAGAAAAAGGUUGAUCGGGAAGUUCAAAUAGGAAAAAAAGAUACUGUUGGGAAUGAUAGUCAACAGAGAAAAUUGGAAUAUCAGAUGGAGGGGAUUUGGUCACAUGAAGCACGUUCUUCAAAAUGUCAGUACACCCACUAGUUGAGAAGACGAGGAGAGCUGAUGGACAGUGCAGUAGCAAGAUAAGAUGUUCAAGAAAGUGAGUGAAAGCAAGAAAAAUUCUUGCUGUUAUGUGCUUUACUGCUCGAAGAUGAAUGUCACAGACCUGAUACAGAAAACUAAGGAAUGUCUAUUUCCAGAUAUAUCUAUGCAGGAGAGGGAGGGGUAAGGGGUCUAAAAAUAUCAGCUUGGAAAGAGGUGGAGAGACACAGAUCCUGCUGAGAGGUAGCGUGUAAGUUUGUUUUUAAUUUUGAAGUUUAGCUAAAGUUAAAAAAAAAUCUGGAAAGUAGUCUGUACAAAUAUACAAGAGGGAGUUGAUCACCCAAAUUGUUUUAAUGUUAAGUUCAAGGGAAAUAGAUAGCUUUAAAAUGU